CUUACCUGUAUCAAAGUAUAUCUGCACCUCCACAUCAAAAUACUAAUCUCCACAAGGAAAGUCCAAGGUUUAACUGUUGCACCUUCCUCUGCUCCGUCUAUUAUCAACUUCCACACUCAUAUCUCCGAGUCUGACACCUCACAAUGAUCUAUCUCUGCUUCUCCCCUGCAGUCCUCAUCCUUUUUUUCACCCUGCAUCCAGUAUAAAUCUUCCUGCCGACCACCAUGUCAGCCAAGAAACACCAUCCAGCUUUUCGCGAUCCUAUCCUCAAUGCCAUCAAUAUCCGCACCGUGCUCGCCCUCCUCGGCACUCUCCUCACCAUCAAGCUCCUGAACCUGCUGGCACGCCUCACGGGGGUACGACGCACCUCGCCCCGAUAUCCCUACAGCUACGUCGGUCAAGCCAUCAGUCGCAAAGAGCAGCACAUCAUUCAGAUCCUACUUGAAAUCAUCCCCGAGAGCAGCACCUCGGUGAAUACCAGUCUGCCCUCCAACACAGGCUUCUCCUGCGCAGACGAUAGACCCACCACGGCCGACAGUGUUCCCUCCUCCAGUCUGGUCAUUCCCCUCAUGCCGGUGCCGUCGCGGGUCGUUCAACUGUCUCACAGCGCGCCUACCCGGAGCUUGGAGCUCGCUAUUGCCGAUAGAGACCGGGGGUUUGACGACCAUACGAGCACGCGCGCGAGCGUGCACUUCCUGGGCCACCAGCCGCUUCCUAGUGACUCGGUUUACUCGUCGAUUGUCCGGAGGAGUCUGUCGAUUAGUGAUCCGAAUUCCAACUGUUCGAGUCCGCAGCAGGGUAUGCUUCCCGGGGUGCGGUUCUCAGGGUUCAUGUCGGAUAGGUUGCGGUUUAGUAUUCUGAGUCGGCCAUGGUCGAUGGAUAGUGUGUUAGCGGAUGAGUCGCAGCCUGAACCGGUCACGUUGGAUAUGGCACAGCUGCAGCAGACGCGCACGGCAGACAGCUACCCGGGACCGUUUCCCAUCAGUGAUGGAUUGGAGCCGAGCUCGUUAGCCACGGCGCAGUGUGCCAACAAUGGGGCCAGCGAGGCCACGGCGGUGCGGACCUCGGUGAGGCCGUUUACCGAUGUGUAG